AUGGUUUUCUCUACUCCUGUCCGCGCUGCGGAAUUCAAGAGCGCCUACGGUCCCAAGUAUAAAUACCAACCUCACAUCAACGGCUGGAGCAAGACUACUAUUCUCAGAAAAUCUGCCUCCUUUGGCGGAGCUGCCGUUGUCGGUCUCUUUUUCUACGUGUCUGGCAUUCCCCGGGUACAACAAGACGUUUUGCAGAAACUGCCUCUUGUUGGUCGCUAUUUUGUCAAGGAAGAGAUCAAUCCUCAGGACAACCCAUUCUAA